AAGGUUUUGCCCGGCGGUAUGCGCGCGAAUCAUGUUAUGAUUUUCGUGUGACGUCAGAGGUCACCGUCUAUAUUGCGACCUUAAUGUCCUUCCAGGUCAAAUCGGUGGUCAGGUUAAGGCAUGGUCUAGAAUUAAAAGGUCUUGGGUGCAAAUCCCACCUGGGGUGCUUGUUUUCAUUGUUCCUGCUCAGUACUCGGAGAGCCGUGAGUAAAUUAUAACAUACAUUUUUCAAUCUUUGUCAUGCACACAAUUAUUACUGAUUAUUAUUAUUUUUAUUUUUUAUUUUUUAUUUUUUAAUUAUUUAAUUAUUAAAUUGUUGACUGUUGUGUUGUGUUGGGUUCCAAGGUUCACUUAACCAAAUUACCAAGAUUAAAUCUUGUAUUCUAGUUUUAAAAUUCUAGCAUCAGAGUUACUAUUAGAUAUAUUUUAUCAACAAAAAUAUGUGUAAGUUACAUUAUGAAGGCUACAAUUAAAAUGGUUUUUAAUAAAUCAUAUGGUGUUCCUGUUCUAUUUUUCUGUCUGACGACCCACCCCCACAAUAUGAUAGUUUUUGUUUGUUAUUAUUGUUUUGCUAGUUUCAUAAUAACAUGGAACAUUUAGAACGCCAGGUGACAGCAGACAUACUGGGAAAAUUCAUUGUUCACGGUAUUUAUGUGUAUUCUAGAAACUAUGCUCUGUAACAAUGGAAAUAUACCUGGUAAUUAGUUGUCGGCUAACCACCUGUUGAUUUCUUUGCAAUGUAAGCUACAAACCAUCUACCUGUUGUUUGUCUGUUAGAUUUAAUCAUAGUUAAAAUGUUUGUUGAGCAAUUAACUCUUACCAGCACCAAACUAUGAAUAGUGUGGAAGUGGAAGUUACGUAAUUUCAUUAUGGAAAGGCACAUCUUUGUGGACCAAUGAGCAACCUCCAUUUGACGUAUAGCGCCCUACUCAAAUGACGGCAAUGUGCAUGAUGUCUGUUCACUUCACAUUGACGAAGAGCCACGUCUCUACAAGGAACAAAAAACGCCCGAUAAGACAGCAUGGAGGAAGGGUAAGAAGUUGAAAACAGAGUUUGAUGGACGAGUCAGUUUUACGAUAUCUUCAGCUAAAGAUUAUUAUCACCAGACAUUUUUUCCCCAAAUAAUUGUUAACAAUUUGAUAACAUAUUUUCCCUCCAAAACUGUCGUCCUCUGUAGAAUGUUAUUAAAGGGGGCAACCUUGACGCUUUUGAGUCUUGUAGUAUUUGCCGUAAUCUCCAAGGCCACCGGCUCACCAUGGAACGAAGAGCAGCGAUGGGUCUCGGAGAAGCUCGACCCCGCCCGGUACGACGUGGCAACGCGCCCGGUCAAGAAUAUCACAGAUGUCGUCGAAGUCACCGUGGAAAUGACCGUGUUUGGCAUCAGUCUCGAUUCGAGGAAUCAAGAAUUAAGUGCAAAGUCGGUGUCUAACAUGGGUUGGGAAGAUAAACGGCUGAGCUGGAACACAAGCGAGUACGGUGGGAUGGAGUCCAUUGUCGUAAAAGCCAAUAGGGUGUGGUAUCCAAACAUCUUAAUCCUGAACGCAAUUAGUGGUAGCACAUUAAUCCCAAGUGAUACGGAACUCCUGAUUACGAAUGAAGGUGCAAUCUUUGUAAGUGUAUCUCGUUACCUCAGCACGCAAUGCUAUCUCAAUCAGGAAUUAUUCCCCUAUGAUACCCAAGUUUGUUGGAUUUAUCUCGGUAUAAGAGGCACCCCAAGUGACGUCGUGUCUCUGACUGCAUUGCAACACGGUCAGAACGAAGCGUUGAUCGCAGAAACAACAAAUUGGGAGCUAAAGAACGUCUCUCUCGUAGACACGUCCGCCCCCGCAUGUAUCGAGCACAGUGCCUCGGUGUCGUGCCGGCAUGUCGCACUGGUAUCAACAUACAUCUGCAUUAAGCGCUUGGGAGGGUACUACGUGUACACGGCUAUAAUCCCCGUCAGUAUUCUGACAGUGAUGGCUUCGUUUGUCUUCUUGCUGCCCUCUGGAUGUGGAGAGAAGCUCUCCUUCAGCGUUUCGGUCUUCUUUGGAUUCGUCAUCUUCCAGUUGGUUCUGCUUGAUGGUCUGGCAGAGACGGGAGACGGCAAGCCAUCUAUUCUGGUACGAUACGUCAUGUUUACCUUUGUAUUGACUGGUAUUGCUGUAAUAGAGUCAGCAAUCACCCUCAUCCUACGCAAUCAAAACGACAAUCCCGAGGCGAGACUUCCAGUCAACAAAGUAGAGCCCUUGAAGAAUGACAAUGAGCCACAAGAUGACAGCGAGGUAACUUUGCACGGGCUUCAAAUAGCGAAAAGUGUACCUCGUAAUUGGGAGAAGAUAGCUGUUUAUGUCGACCGAAUCUCAUUUGUCCUCUUCUGGAUUGUCUACAUUACUGUCUUGAUCACACUUGUUGCUGAGUUACUUGAUGAUCCUGGGUGUCCCGAAUACUUGUAGACGUAACGCCCGCUUCAGGCAGGCGCGAAUCCAGAGUCGCGCCGAACCAAAUUCUGAUUUCCCAGUACAUGAAAAGUUCGACGUCUGAAACAGUUAGGGUGAUCGACUGUUGCAGUUGUUCGGAACGACUCUGGGGCACCUUGGUUUCAAACGUUGAUCUUGUCAUGAGCCGAGCCAAUUUAAAUGUGAUGAUAAGUUCGCCUGUCUGAAACCAAAAUUGAUAACAGCGCGAGUAAAAGCAGCCAAUAAAAUUAUGUUUCAACAUCCUAUAUACGAUACUGUUGUAGAUCUGCUGUAGAUGUCUAGUAGUCACAAUAAGCUACCGUUGUUACAGAUAUUGUUUGUUACUAUAAUAUGCGUAAUAUAUUAAUUUUGUAUUGUGUAAUUAUUUAUUUUGUAUCUUGGUAGGGUCUGAAACAAUCAUGAUGACAGUUUGUUAAUUUUUGUCUUGACCCGUACACCUUUAAAUGUAUGUACUAUAAGGAAGCUUCGCCACUCGCGUGCGUGGUCUCCUCUUCCAGUCGCUUGCGGAUCGCGGCUCUCUCCAAGCCACGCAGGCCUUGGCAAACGGCUAGAUGCGCCAUAGCUCACCACCAUCUUCAUCAUGUUCGGAGAUUUAAAAUAAAAUAAAAUUUAAUUAUUACUGAUGCAUUGCGCUAUUGCGCAGCCUAUUUAAAGACAGUGGGCACUAUUGGUAAUUGACCAAGGCCAGUCUUCUCACU